AUGGAGGACGAGAUGCCCAAGACUCUAUAUGUCGGUAACCUUUCCAGAGAUGUGACAGAAGCUCUAAUUCUUCAGCUCUUUAGCCAGAUUGGACCUUGUAAAAACUGCAAAAUGAUUAUGGAUACAGCUGGAAAUGAUCCAUAUUGUUUUGUGGAGUUUUAUGAGCAUCGUCAUGCAGCUGCAGCACUGGCUGCUAUGAAUGGGCGGAAGAUAAUGGGUAAGGAAGUCAAAGUGAAUUGGGCAACAACCCCCAGCAGUCAAAAGAAAGAUACAAGCAGUAGUACCGUUGUCAGCACACAGCGUUCACAAGAUCAUUUCCAUGUCUUUGUUGGUGAUCUCAGUCCAGAAAUAACAACUGAAGAUAUAAAAGCUGCAUUUGCGCCAUUUGGAAGAAUAUCAGAUGCCCGAGUGGUAAAAGACAUGGCAACAGGAAAGUCUAAGGGCUAUGGCUUUGUCUCCUUUUUCAACAAAUGGGAUGCAGAAAACGCCAUUCAACAGAUGGGUGGCCAGUGGCUCGGAGGAAGACAAAUCAGAACUAACUGGGCAACCCGAAAGCCUCCAGCUCCAAAGAGUACAUAUGAGUCAAACACUAAACAGCUGUCAUAUGAUGAGGUCGUAAAUCAGUCUAGUCCAAGCAACUGUACUGUAUACUGUGGAGGUGUCACUUCUGGGCUAACAGAACAAUUAAUGCGUCAGACUUUUUCGCCAUUUGGACAAAUAAUGGAAAUUCGAGUCUUUCCAGAUAAAGGAUAUUCAUUUGUUCGAUUCAACUCCCAUGAAAGUGCAGCACAUGCAAUUGUUUCUGUUAAUGGAACUACUAUUGAAGGUCAUGUUGUGAAAUGCUAUUGGGGCAAAGAAACUCUUGAUAUGAUAAAUCCUGUGCAACAGCAGAAUCAAAUUGGAUAUCCACCAGCUUAUGGCCAAUGGGGCCAGUGGUAUGGAAAUGCUCAACAAAUUGGCCAGUAUAUGCCUAAUGGUUGGCAAGUACCUGCAUAUGGAAUGUAUGGCCAGCCAUGGAACCAGCCAGGAUUUAAUCAGACACAGACUACUCCGCCAUGGAUGCAACCAAAUUAUGGACUGCAGCCACCUCCAGGACAGAACGGCAGCAUGUUGCCUAAUCCGCCUGCAGGGUAUCGCGUGGCAGGGUAUGAAACCCAGUGA